UCGAAACUCGCAACUCGCCUUCAACCGAAAUCGAAGCAACCAGCCAAGGCCGCUCCUCGGGCGCCCAACAUGAAGAAGCUUCUUUUCGCCGCCGUCUGCGCCCUCCUACUCCUGCUCAACGCUGGUCAUGUGGAGUCCCGGCGCCAUGGCGACAGCGGCUCCGAGCGGCAGUUCAAGCUGUUCGUGUUCGGCGACGAGUACGCCGACACCGGCAACUACCCGGUUGCAGACUUGACCAAGACGACGCGCGCGUGGUACUACCCCUACGGCAGCAACGACAAGGAUCACGGCGCCACUCCGACCGGCCGCUUCUCCAACGGCUUGGUCCUCCCUGAUUUCGUCGCAAGGAUUUUGGGGAUGGAAGAGUCACCUCCGGCGGAAAGGAAGAGGGAGCAGGACGGGGUCGACCCCUCUGGCAUGAACUUCGCCGUCGGCGGUGCCGGCGUGGUCGAGGGAACGAGGGAAGCUCCGAAGCUCGGCAGGCAGGUCGAUAAGUUCAAGAGGAUGGUCAGGCAUGGCAUCAUCGAUGACGAUCUCACAGACUCCGUCGCGCUCAUCGCCUUCUCCGGUAGACGUGACUACGAACGCUUCAACGACAUGACCAACACCGACGUGAAGGCCGUGGUACAGGAGGUGACGGACAAGAUCGCCGAUGCCGUGGAGCAGCUGAUGGACCUGGGCGUGGAGAAAGUGGUGGUGACCACGCUGCCCCCGAUUGGCUGCACGCCGGGGUUGUCGAAGACCAAGGACGGCGUCUACGAUGCCAAGUGUGACGGCCAGAAGGUUACAAGCAUCCACAACACGUACCUCGAAGAGAAGGUGUUCCAGCACAAGGACGUUUUCAACCUGGACCUGAAAGCCGCCUUCAACCGUCUCGCAGCCCCGUCGUCGCGGUCGAAGCGGUUCAAGUACAAGCUGGAGCCGUGCUGCGAUAGCUUCGACCAGAGCGGCUACUGCGGGCAGAUCACGGAGGACGGCGAGCCGCAGUACAACCUGGGCUCCAAGCCCGACAAGUUCUUCUACUGGGACGACAUCAACCCGACCCAUGCCGGCUGGAAGGCCGUCGUCAACGAGUUCGAAGAGUCCAUCAGGAACUUCGUGCACAUCUAGCUCUAGCCAGUUUGCAUGCAUGCUUGCCAGUGACUAUGCUCACUGUUAGGUUCUCAAUUACUGGUUUCAGUCGCGUCUGUUCUAGGUCCUUUUUUUUCGACGAACCAAGUCUGAUCUAGGUUUAGCGUCAGAGUUUUAUGUCCAACUGCUACAAUACAAAUAUGUCGUUGAUUUUUUGUUUCUAUGGUCCCGGAUUUUGGAUGUUUUUUAGGCCACGGUUUCUAUACAAGUGGUCUCUUGCGAA